GGGUGACAGCAGAAUCAUGCGCUCUCUCAGUUUAUUGCUUGCUUUGAUGCUUCUGAGCUUCAGCUUGCUGAAAUCAGCAAGCGGUGGCCACGGUGGACGUGGUGGUGGUCAUGAUGGACAUGGUGGCCACGAUGGGCGCGGUGACGGUCAUGAUAGACGUGGUGGCCACGAUGGGCGCGGUGACGGUCAUGAUGGACGUGGUGGCCACGAUGGGCGCGGUGACGGUCAUGAUGGACGUGGUGGCCACGAUGGGCGCGGUGACGGUCAUGAUGGACGUGGGGGCCACGAUGGGCGCGGUGACGGUCAUGAUGGACGUGGUGGCCACGAUGGGCGCGGUGGCGGUCAUGAUGGACGUGGUGGCCACGAUGGGCGCGGUGACGGUCAUGAUGGACGUGGUGGCCACGAUGGGCGCGGUGGCGGUCAUGAUGGACGUGGCAAUGAUGGACGCGGUGGCCAUGAUGAUCAUAGUGGCCAUGAUGGCCGCGGUGGCAGCAGCGGUGGCCGCGGUAGCAGUGGCAGCAGCGGUGGCCGCGGUAGCAGUGGCAGCAGCGGUGGCCGCGGUAGCAGUGGCAGCAGCGGUGGCCGCGGUAGCAGUGGCAGCAGCGGUGGCCGCGGUAGCAGUGGCAGCAGCGGCAGCAGUGGCAGCAGCGGUGGCCGCGGUAGCAGUGGCAGCAGCGGUAGCAGUGGCAGCAGCGGCGGCCGCGGUAGCAGUGGCAGCAGCGGUGGCCGCGGUAGCAGUGGCAGCAGCGGUGGCCGCGGUAGCAGUGGCAGCAGCGGUGGCCGCGGUAGCAGUGGCAGCAGCGGUGGCCGCGGUAGCAGUGGCAGCAGCAAUGGCCGCGGUAGCAGUGGCAGCAGCAGUGGCAGCAGCAAUGGCCGCGGUAGCAGUGGCAGCAGCAGUGGCAGCAGCAAUGGCCGCGGUAGCAGUGGCAGCAGCAAUGGCCGCGGUAGCAGUGGCAGCAGCAAUGGCCGCGGUAGCAGUGGCAGCAGCAGUGGCAGCAGCAAUGGCCGCGGUAGCAGUGGCAGCAGCAGUGGCAGCAGCAAUGGCCGCGGUAGCAGUGGCAGCAGCAGUGGCAGCAGCAAUGGCCGCGGCAGCAGUGGCAGCAGCAAUGGCCGCGGCAGCAGUGGCAGCAGCAAUGGACGCGUUGCUCAAGGUCGCGGGCCCUGAUGUUGUGGAUUCAGAUGAAUUUGCCAGCGUCUCCACAUUGGAGUUUACUUUUAAUAAAUGCUUUAAUGCAAAUGAGGUCUUGGGGCUUUUAUUAUAA